UCAAAUUUAAACGAAUUAUUUUACUUAAGCUCCACUCUGGCUGGCCCUAAAAUCCUAAUUCAACCAGUUGCCUACUCUCACACUCGAUUCGAUUCGAUUCAAAUCCCUCUCAUCGUUGCCACGCAAAUCCCUAAUUGAGACCCCAAAACUCGGAAUUCUAGAGAGAGAGAGAGCGAGAUAGAGGAAAGCGCACAGGUGUCGAAAUGCUAGGUGGGUUGUACGGAGACCUCCCUCCACCCUCCUCGGCGGAGGAAGAGAAGCCGAGCAAUGCAACCGUGUGGUCGAGCAGCGCCAAGAUGGCGCCGCCGAACCUCCGCAAGUCGUUGUCGGUGUUUGCACCGCCGCAGACCAUUCUCAAAUCCCAAACCAAGCCCAAGACCUCCACUUCGGCGCCGGCACAGCCCAAGAUUGCAAUUUCCUCGGUAGUGCCGGCGCAUUCGGUGUCGGUAGUGCCGGAAGACGUAGCCCAAACGGCAUUGGUGGGCGUGACGUCGACGGUGAUGGAGGAGUACGAUCCGGCGAGGCCGAACGACUACGAGGAGUACCGGAGGGAGAAGAAGAGGAAGGCUGUGGAGGCGGAGAUGAGGAGGGAGCUUGAGAAGAGGCGGCAGCAGGAGGAGGAGGAGGAGAAGGAGAGGAAGGAGAAGAGGGAGAGGGAGGAGAGGGAAAGAGAGAGGGAUUUCGGAGAAUCGCGGUUGAACAUCUCGGGCGAGGAGGCGUGGAGAAGGCGGGCGGCGAUGAGUGGGGCAGUGCCGAGGUCGCCUUCGCCGCCGAGCAGCGGAGACGGGUUUAGCAUCGGGAAGUCAGAGACGGUCGGGUUGGGCGUAGGGGCGGGCGGGCAGAUGACUGCCGCACAGAGGAUGAUGGCGAAGAUGGGGUGGAAGGAGGGGCAGGGGCUUGGCAAGCAAGAGCAGGGGAUUACUACUCCUUUGAUGGCCAAGAAGACGGACCGGCGAGCCGGGGUGAUUGUGAAUGCUAGUGAGUCGAAGCCGGAUAAGAAGGUGAAGAGUGUCAACUUCAAUGGGAUGCCCACUCGGGUUUUGCUGCUUAGGAACAUGGUGGGCCCUGGUGAGGUUGAUGACGAGCUAGAAGAUGAGGUAGCAUCAGAGUGUGCUAAGUACGGAACGGUAACUCGGGUUCUUAUCUUUGAGAUAACAGAGCCAAAUUUUCCAACCAAUGAGGCAGUCAGAAUCUUUGUUCAGUUUGAGAGACCAGAAGAAACAACCAAAGCAUUGGUUGACCUGGAUGGUCGCUACUUUGGAGGUAGGGUGGUUCGUGCCUCAUUCCAUGAUGAGGAGAGGUUCAGCAAGAACGAGCUGGCUCCAAUGCCAGGAGAAAUCCCUGGUUAUACAUAAAAAUUAACUUCAAGUUUUAGUGCAAGCUAAAUGAUCCUUGUCUAGGGUUUGUUGAAACAUAUGAGAUAGACUAGGGUUUUGAUUUUCAUUGAGAUUGUGUUGUAAGUAGCAUUCAAAAUCAGGAGCAAUGUGAUCAAAUCUUAACAAUUAGCCUGCCCAUGAUUUAUCAUAAUUCAAUUUUGUGCCUUGGAAAGGUAAGACUUAAUGUUUAAGUUAUGAUUUUGUUGGGGGGAAACUAGAUUCGGAAAUUAUCAAGGCAGUCCCUAAGAUGUGAAAA